UGCGACCGCCGGGCGCGAUGCACGCGGCGGCGCUGUGGGCGCGGCGCCUGGCGCCGACGGCCGGCGAGACGCUGCGCGCCUGGCUGCUGUCCGCGCUCGUCGUGCACGGCGCCGUCGCCGGCAAUCCGGACGCCAAGCGCCUCUACGACGACCUGCUCAGCUCCUACAACAAGCUCGUGCGGCCCGUCGUCAACACGUCCGACGUGCUGCGCGUCUGCAUCAAGCUCAAGCUGUCGCAGCUCAUCGACGUGAAUCUGAAGAACCAGAUAAUGACGACGAACUUGUGGGUGGAGCAGUCGUGGUACGACUACAAGCUGCGCUGGGAGCCCAAGGAGUACGGCGGCGUCCACAUGCUGCACGUCCCCUCCGACCACAUCUGGCGGCCCGACAUCGUCCUCUACAACAACGCCGACGGGAGCUACGAGGUGACCAUCAAGACCAAGGCGACCGUCUACUACACGGGACUGGUCAUGUGGCAGCCGCCGGCGGUCUACAAGUCCUCCUGCUCUAUCGAUGUUGAGUUCUUUCCCUACGACGUGCAGACGUGUGUCUUGAAGCUAGGCAGUUGGACCUAUGACGGUUUCAAGGUGGAUCUGCGGCACAUGGACGAGCAGGCGGGCUCCAACGUCGUGGAAGUGGGCGUCGACCUCUCCGAGUUCUACAUGUCCGUCGAGUGGGACAUCCUGGAGGUGCCUGCGGUCAGGAACGAGAAGUUCUACACGUGCUGCGACGAACCGUACCUCGACAUCACGUUCAACAUCACGAUGCGCCGCAAGACGCUCUUCUACACGGUGAACAUCAUCAUCCCCUGCAUGGGCAUCUCGUUCCUCACCGUGCUCACAUUCUACCUGCCCUCCGACAGCGGGGAGAAGGUGACGCUGUCCAUCUCGAUCCUGAUUAGCCUGCACGUGUUCUUCCUGCUGGUGGUCGAGAUCAUCCCGCCCACGUCGCUGGUGGUGCCGCUACUCGGCAAGUACCUCAUCUUCGCCAUGAUCCUCGUCUCCAUCAGCAUCUGCGUGACGGUGGUGGUGCUCAACGUGCACUUCCGGUCGCCGCAGACGCACAAGAUGGCGCCCUGGGUGAAGCGCGUCUUCAUCCACAUCCUGCCCCGCCUGCUGGUGAUGCGCCGGCCGCAGUACCAGUUCGAGGCCACCAGAUUCGCGUGCGGUCGCGUGCUGGUGCGGCCGAUAGGGGCGCUGCGGAAGGAGGGGGUGGGCCAGGCGCACGCCUGCUUCUACCCCUACCAGGAGCGCGCGCCCUGCGGCGACGACCCCGGCGGGGGCGGCGGGGGCGGCGCCGGGGGCGGCGUGGGCGUAGGCGUGGGCGGGCUGGCGCGUCUGCGCGCCUCCUCCAGCGACAGCCUGCGCACGCCCACCUCCAAGGACGACCUCUCCCCCGGCAGCCUGCUGGACGGCGGGCUGCUGGGCGGCAGCUGCCAGGUGCACGGCCCCCUGGGAGCGGCGCUGGAGGCAGAGAGACUAUCCGACGCAGAGGAGGCGUGCAAGAGCCCGCCUCCGCUGCCACCACUGCCUCCACUGGGCCUGGGGCUGGCGGCGCCCCCACACCCCCAGGGGGCGCUGAGGAGCCCCCCAGCCUUCCCCCACUCUCGCUGUCCCCCGGAGGUGCACCGCUCCUGCUUCUGUGUGCGCUUCAUCGCUGAGCACACUCGCAUGCUCGAGGACUCCACCAAGGUGAAGGAGGACUGGAAGUACGUGGCGAUGGUGCUCGACCGGCUGUUCCUGUGGAUCUUCACACUGGCCGUGCUGGUCGGCACGGCGGGCAUCAUCCUGCAGGCUCCCACACUCUACGACGACCGAGUGCCCAUCGACAAGAAGUUCAGCGAGUUCGCCACGACCACCGUGGGGAAAGUGUCUGUUAUGGAAUACCUUAACUAAAGGCACUAUUGGUGAAAUUGCACACAUUUCAUGGUACAGCUAAGGAUAUUAACGAGUAUGACUGUGAGAUCUCUAUCCCUGCAACAGAUGAGUGAACACAGUCUUCAAAACUGACUUCUUUCUUCUGGCGUAGUUGUUCCUCUGAGGCUUGUAUUUGGCAAAUGAUUUAGAGGAAAAGAAGAAAAUUUCUCAAUAAUGGCCUAAUAUCUACCGAGAAUUGGAUAGCGUUUCCUCUGAUGGAGAAUGGAUCUUUGCAGCUAGUAAAUUCCUGGAUCCAGCAUCAAAGUUCUGACCUCUCAGUUUGCUCAGCUUCAGUUAAGUGUGAAUGGUAGACCAGCAGAUGCCCAUUGUGCAUGUGACGAAACGUUUAAAUGUUUAGAAGUAACAGAAAUAAAUUCCUUAUAGUUUUACACACAUUGUGAAGCAUGUGUAAUGUACUCAUGCUUAUAACUGUUAAAAAUUCAUUUAGUGUUUAGAUUUUCUUUCUUUUUUUCCAACUGGCUUAGUAAUACACAAUGGCAUCUAAAAUUAACAAUGGUGAUGAGUUUAAAAAAUUCGCUUCUGUCAGAAUUUUCUACAUCUCAAAACAUUCUGUAAAUUUCUGUGUGACAUUUAUCUUAUGGGUGUUAAACUUUAAAUAUUUCCCCAUAUGCCAUUUCCCUACAAAAGCAGUUUCAUUUUGAAAAUAUGCAAUAAAAUACAGGAAUAACUAGCGUAUUUUCGAUUAAGUUUUUGUUAUUUGAACUGAGUCUAAUUCCAUAGUGGUUAGUAAUUCAGGACCAUUACUUUUGUACUGGAUAUGAUAAUCCAAUGAACAAAUUUUGUUUACAAAAAACAGACCUCCAUUUGCUCUGAAAUAACAGAGUCCUAAAAUCGAACACUGGAAAAUGCAACAUCACACUGGUUAAAGUCAUUAAGUAUGAAAUUACAAAGAAAAUGAACAUAUGUAAUGAGGAAUUUGUAGUAGAUUCAUACUGUGAUAAAACUGUCAUAAACUUAUAAACAAAACUAGGAAGGUGAAUGACUUGUGAAUGGAAUUUUGUUAAUCAAAAAUUUGUAUUCUUUCAUUUUUGAUGUCAACUAACUAUAGUUUUAUAAAGACUCAUGAAUGUUAGUGCGAACUAUUUAUGUUACAUGAUAAAAUGAACAUGUUAUCUCGUUUAUGAAUAAGUACAUCUUUCGUAGAUUUCGUGUAAAUUUUAGCUGUGAGCAGGUUCACUUAAAAUUAUUUCUCAUGUUGAGUUUCUAUUCAAUGAGUUAAAUACACAAAAUCAGCAAAGAAAUGACACUGAAGCACAGGAAUUCAGUAUCUGUUAUGUGUGAAUAGAGUAACAGACAUCUGCCAUUUUAUUCCAACCAAGAAAGCAUUUUUUAAACAUAUACUUCUAAGAAUAGCACAGUUCAAGCACAAAAAUAAGAUUUGUUUACUACUUUAUAUAUGUUACUGGUAUGAAGACAGAGUCAGAUACAAAUUAUAUUGUUUAUAUAUUUGUACAUACAAAUGUCUAGGGAGCAAACAGAUAUUUAUACAAGUAAUAUAGAAUUCCAACUUGUUUACAUGUCAAGAUAAAAGAAAACUUUGUAUGAUAUAAUAUGUUGUUUCAUUUGGAAUCAUGAUUGUAUAGUCUAUGAGAUAGUAUUUAGUUAAAAUUAGUAGCACACUAAAGAAAAUAACAUAAUUACUGACAUUAAAGUUUACUGAAUAAAUAAAUCUUGCUUCAUGUGUGCAGCUGUUAUUUUCCCAUAAACACAUUCAGUGUAAUUUGAACUACAUUUUAUAGUAAUGAAUGCAAUUUGUUACUGAUUAAAUAGUGUUUCAUUAAUUAAGCUAGUGUUUUCCAAAAUUACAUUACAGAAAAUUUAUCAUUUUAAAUUUUGUUAUUGGUAUGGUCUUUCAUUACAUUUAUUUUGAAGUGCAACCUCAACAUAACAUUCACUUCAUAAAACAGAAAUUCGUUAUUUUGAAGUAAGAGAACAUUUAGAGUGGAACAAAAUAAUUUUAAGCAAGAUGUAUUUACUCAUAGAACAAAAAACUGAAUUUUGUUCAAAUAAUAGUUCACAAUAAUAUUUGUUAAGGAUUUUAUGAAGCAGGCGAAGUGAUAGAUGUAAUUGUUAUUGUUGCUUGAUUUUAUAAUAUUACAUUUCAGUAAUAAAAUGUUGAAAAAUAAUUAUGGUUAACUCUAUUGGUGUCUGUGUGGCUUGUAUUAGAAUGUAGAAGUAUAAACAUGCAAAUAAAUAAUUCACAAUAAAAUUAUGAUUAAAUAUA